UACACCUCUAACCUGAGAACUACAGUUCUCAUCUCCUCAAGAUUACUGCUCCCAACCAUCAUCUCUUGCCCUCUUCUGUCUCUCCGCUUCACAGCCAGUCUCUCCACCUGAUCAGGAGAGGCCAAUUCGCAUAAGGCGGCCACUCAGAUCAGAUCUACAAGCCCUCUUCUCUCUCAUCAUCAUCUUCCCCGAUAAUGGGUGCCGAUGGCAAGGUCUAUACUCUGGCCGAGGUCUCCGCUCACGACAACGCCAAGGACUGUUGGCUCGUCAUCGGUGGCAAGGGUUUGGCUGAUUAUUAAGGAAUUUCUCUUUUCUUGUUUUAGUUUCCUGUACACUUUGACGUAGAUUGGCACGUAAAAGAGCUCAGUUCCCUCAAUCCAUUGCUCUUGCUUUUCAUUUGUGGUUUAAGGCUUCUUAGUAUGCUCAGACAAUGUAAUGCUGCAUCAAGAAUCCGUACAGGAUACCUAGGUUUAGAUGCAAGAUUCCCCUUUUACUAGUUCCCGGUACUUACUAUGAAACCUGAUGUGCUUAGAAACAGGAUUCUUCUUUGAUGAUACCAUAUUAAGAUUUAUUGCAUGUAAUUCUGAUGUCUAUAUGCAAACUGUUCUAUAUACUGGUUUAAACAUUGGCAUAUUCAACUGGGAGUUCCUAGGUUCCUGGUGCGAGGUUGCUUCAAUAAGGCAGCAGAGGGCAUAACUAUGUGGGGUAUUAAGGAUCUAGAGGAUUUAGAGAGUUAUUUUCAAUAACACGUGCUUCUUUCUUUCAGCUAACGUUUUCUCCUUCCCUAUUUAUCUAUUGGAUUAACAUUCUAGUGGAGAAUGAAACACGAAUCCAAGGUAUAUGACGUGACGAAGUUUUUGGACGACCAUCCUGGUGGUGAUGAGGUUUUGUUGUCUGCAACAGGGAAGGAUGCAACAGAUGAUUUUGAGGAUGUGGGUCACAGUAGCAGUGCAAGGGCAAUGCUGGAUGAAUAUUAUGUGGGGGACAUUGAUUUGUCAACCAUUCCGACAAAGACCAAUUACACUCCUCCCAAGCAGCCUCACUACAACCAGGACAAGACCUCAGAAUUCAUAGUAAAGCUACUGCAGUUCUUAGUUCCCCUUCUCAUCUUGGCCGUGGCUGUGGGUAUCCGUCUCUAUACCAAAUCAGAUUAAGUUGAGCGUGGAAGGAACUGAAAAGCCCGUCCAUAAUAAGUUUAUAUUAGCUAUCAAAGGUUUCCUCAUUCUUGGUUCCAUAGAGAAACUGGUAAAAUAGUUCAGAUUGCAGGUAAUGUUACUGGCAUUUAGCAUCUGUCUUAUCUUAUGCUUUGCUUUCCCAUUUGUGCUCUGCUAUCAGUGUAACAACCUUGGAUCUUUUUUGUUCUGUGCGAAGCAGUCUGGUGAAGCUUGUGCUUCAUCAUUAGCGACCCUUUUGAGGGUGAAUGAAUUGGUCAAAAUUCUUCA